AACUGACACCAAAGCGAUUAGCUGGAACAAAAACAAGAUCCCUAAUUUUUUUGUGGAAUCUAUAUAUUUUUUAAAUAAAAUUGUCAGAACAUUUUAUAAUACAGUAUUCUGUAGGCAAAAUAUUUGUCAGAUCAUGUCGUGUGGACCCAGAUACUACUCCGGAGGGAUAAAAUGGCGUUUCGGCUGCGGACAGAUUUUGCUGCUUAUUGUUUUUCUUUGUUCUUCCUGCCGUUUCGUCUCUGGACACAUCAGAUAUUCAGUCCCUGAGGAGAUGAAGAAAGGUUCUCUGAUUGGUAAUGUGGCGCAGGACCUAGGCCUGGAUCUGAAAAGGCUCCGUUCUGGUCGGGCCCGCAUCGUGACGGGAGAAAACAUCCAGUACACCGAGCUGAAAGCAGACAAAGGGAUUUUAGAGGUGAAGGAGAGAAUCGACCGGGAGCAGCUUUGCGGCGACACAACACCUUGUAGUUUCAGCUUCGAGAUGAUUUUAGAAAAUCCCAUGGAACUGCAUCAAAUUACAGUCGAGAUUACAGACAUUAAUGACCAUUCCCCAACGUUUAAUAAAGAAAAUAUUAAUUUUGAAAUAAGUGAAACAGCUACAACAGGAGCCCGAUUUCCUCUAGUAACAGCGGAAGAUUUAGAUGUGGGUGUGAACGGGCUGAGAGAAUAUUUCCUGACGGAGAAUGAUCAUUUUGUUCUUAAACAACAUKCAAAUGCAGAUGGUAAAAAAUACGCAGAGAUGGUUCUCCAGAAGGCUUUAGACAGAGAGACAAACCCUCAUCUGUCUUUAAAGCUGAUAGCUGUGGACGGAGGGACUCCGCAGAGGUCUGGUACGGUGAAUAUUGACGUCACUGUUCUGGAUGCUAAUGAUAAUGCGCCUGUGUUUAACCAGUCUGUUUAUAAAGCUACAGUCACAGAAAAUGCGCCUCAAAAUACAUAUAUUACCACUGUUAAUGCCACUGAUGCAGAUUCUGGAUCAAACAGCAUUGUGACAUAUUAUUUCUCAGAUCUCCACCGUGCACUUCUUAACUUAUUUAUGAUUAAUACAAAAAGUGGUGUUAUUUCAACCUCAGGUUUUUUAGAUUUUGAAAAAGACAAAAGAUUCGAACUCCAGAUCCAUGCAAAAGACCAAGGAGGUUUAACUGAUUCCAGUAAAGUUAUUAUUGAAGUAAUUGACGUGAAUGAUAACUCUCCUGUCGUCAGUGUGACGUCAUUCACUAGUCCUGUAUCAGAGGACUCUCCUCCUGGUACAACUAUUGGCAUUAUUAAUGUCAAAGACCUGGAUUCAGGUGAGAACGGACAAGUUAGCUGUAAAAUAAAACAAAACGCACCUUUCAAGGUCAAAUCCAGUUUAAGAAAUUAUUAUACUUUAGUGACAGAUUCUGUGUUAGACCGUGAAAGUGUUUCAGAAUAUAACAUCACUGUUGUUGCUACAGAUGGUGGAUUCCCUCCUCUCUCAGCUGAAAGAACCUUUAAUUUAAAGGUGUCUGAUGUGAAUGAUAACGCUCCGAUUUUUCCACAAACUGUUUACAGAGCGUUUCUAGCAGAGAAUAACUCUCCAGGUUUUUCUGUUCUUACAAUAAAAUCUGAAGAUCCAGAUGAAAACCAAAACGCGAGAAUAUCUUAUAUAUUAGAGGACAGUAACAUCGCUGGAUCUCGAGUUUCUGAAUAUGUUUCUGUAAAUGUAGAAACAGGAGUGGUUCAGGCAGUGCGCUCAUUUGAUUAUGAACAAAUGAAAGAGUUAGUUUUUGUNGUCAAAGCUCAGGAUGGAGGCUCUCCUCCACUCAGCAGCAACGUGACUGUGAAAAUCCUGAUCCAGGACCAGAACGAUAACCCCCCUCAGGUUCUGUACCCGGUCCAGACUGGUGGCUCUGUGGUGGCUGAGAUGGUGCCUCGUUCAGCAGAUGUGGGCUAUCUGGUGACUAAAGUGGUGGCUGUUGAUGUGGACUCUGGACAGAACGCCUGGCUCUCCUAUAAACUGCAGAAAGCCACAGACAGGGCGCUGUUUGAAGUGGGCUUACAGAAUGGAGAAAUCCGAACUAUCCGUCAGGUGACUGAUAAAGAUGCUGUGAAACAAAGACUGACUGUUAUAGUGGAGGACAACGGSCAGCCGUCUCGUUCAGCUACAGUCAUUGUUAACGUGGCGGUGGCGGACAGCUUCCCGGAAGUGCUUGUGGACUUCACUGACUCUCCACACGACAAGGAGUACAAUGACACGCUGACUUUUUACUUAGUGUUGGCUCUGGCUGUGGUGUCCUUCCUCUUCAUCACCUGUUUAGUGGUUAUUAUCUCAGUCAAAAUCUACAGAUGGAGACAGUCUCGCAUCCUGUAUCACUCCAACCUCCCUGUCAUUCCAUAUUAUCCACCACGUUACUCAGACACUUUGGGGACAGGGACUCUCCAACAUGUGUACAAUUACGAGGUGUGCAGGACSACUGACUCCAGAAAGAGUGACU